GUACAUGUAUCGACUUGCACCAACGUUCUUGUAGAUUUGGAUUGCGAAAGUACAACAACAAGUAGAAGAUCUAGCCAGCAGAGAAAAUAUAAAGGAAGAGGCCUAAGUUAGCAAUAUGCACUGAUACUCCCGCACCACCAGUCGAUAAUUUGCCAGGCAACUAGGAGCUGUUGAUUUUCAGAUGGAUGGUUUUGAUUGAAGCUGUUAUUCAACACCAUCUGAUAAUGCCCAAGAGGAGGGAGAGAGAGUUGGACGAUUCAGCCCAAAAGAGAUUUCGGCAGUCCACGUUGGACUUCCGUGUUAAAGCAAAAGACGAGGGAAAGAAAGGUGCAUUUGAAGCAGACCUUGACGAGGAGGCAACGAUGAGUGCAGAAGAGAGAGCCGAGAUGCAGAGGAGGAGAGACCUCAUAGCAGCAGCUGCUGAAAAGAGAAAGCAAUCAGGUUCACCAUGGAAAACACCACCAGAUAGCCCCGAGAAUCCGGAAGACAAUGAUAGCAAUCUCAUGCAACGAUCUUCACCCUCAAAGACAUCAGAACUACCUACAGAAGCUGGUGUCAAUUCAAGAACUAAAAGUAAAAGGAUAGCUGCAUUAUCAGAAGCUAGUGAUGGGGCUUUGCAAGAAAGGACUAGCACCCCCAAACAGGACCCAGAAAACAGUGUGUAUCGGAGGACAGAUAGGUUUGAUUAUGUUGAGGAGAGUGCAAAUAAAGGACUAUCUGCCGAUGAGCUUGAACGACCUUCAACCUCGAAGGAUGGUCGGAAAGUGACAAGAAAUUCUGGUAAUGGAGAAGAUGAGGAUGAAGUGAAAAGGUCGGAGGUGAAUUAUUCUCAGAUGGAACCAGCAAGUCCCACGUUGGAAUACAUGUAUGAUGGAGAUGGAUCGCAGCCAUUGUUUACUGAUUCAGAACCUUUGGAAGAAGAGGAAGUCAACUCCAAAGAUGUGCCAACCUCAUAUUGGAAGGGUUCUCCUAUCUCAGAGCUACACAGGGCACCAGCCUGUACAGAAGUAUUACCUGAGAUGAGACCAUCCCAAGACCACACCAUUCUGUUCACAACCCCAAUGAAGUUGGAUGUUCCUCCAGCUGCCUUUCCUGAUGAUUACCAAGACAAGUGGGAUGGUGAUCAUGUGAGGAUGCCCUGCUCUCCAGACAACCUCUACCCUGUUGAGGAUCAGGCUGGCAGAAAGAAGGUUCAGAGUAGAUGGGAGCUGAUAGAAGCAACACUACUUGGAGGAAUAAAGAACUCCAUAGAUUUAGAAGAAGCCAUUUUGACGUACAACGCCCGCUACAGCCAGCGAUGGAAUUUCAGAGCCCUGCACACGCUUUUCACAGAAGUACUGGAUGCAGAAGAAACCAUGUACUUCUUUGAUAAGAUACUCCCAGAGAUGGUUAAUCUUGCUCUUCAGUUGCCCAAACUAUGUACACAGGCUAUUCCUCUACUAAGGAGACAGAUAACACACUGUGUUACCAUGUCCCAGCAACAGAUAGCCAGCCUGCUUGCCAAUGCCUUCUUCUGCACCUUCCCCAGACGUAACGCUCAGCAAAAGAAAUCGGAGUACUCAAGGUUCCCUGACAUCAAUUUCAACAGGUUAUUUGAGAUGGGCAAAGGCUACAAAAAUCACAGGAAGAUUGAGAAGUUAAAGUGUAUUUUAAACUACUUCCGCAGAGUUACCGAAAGUGUACCUACUGGAACUGUUACAAUCAGCCGCAGGGCUUUGUCAGAUCUACCCAGAUGGGAUAAGAGUACAGCACAACUCACUAGACUUCAUAUGGCUGCAUCAGGAAUGAUAGAGAAGGAAGGACAUGGCAUGCUACAGAUGGACUUUGCCAAUAAGUACAUUGGUGGCGGAGCAUUAGGUUUUGGUUGCGUUCAAGAGGAGAUACGCUUCAUGAUUAACCCUGAGCUCAUAGUAACAAGGCUUAUUACAGAGGUUCUUGAUGACAAUGAGUGUGUCAUCAUUAAAGGUGCUGAACAGUUCAGUGACUACUCAGGAUAUGCCAACUCAUUCAAAUGGAAAGGAAUCUUCAAAGACUCCACCCCAAGGGAUGCAUGGGGAAGAAGAGAGACAGAGAUAGUUGCCAUUGAUGCCCUUGUCAUUCAGCGCUAUGAAGAUCAGUUCAGACCCGAUUGCCUUCGGAGAGAGCUAAAUAAGGCCUACUGUGGUUUCCAUGGUGAUACAUCAUCAGAGCAUCUGCCUGCCAUAGCGUCGGGUAACUGGGGAUGUGGAGCGUUUGGAGGAGACAAGAGAGUGAAAGGUAUGUGGAUAUAUUGCUUAUUAAUUCAGAGUCCUCUUGCAUGAAGAAUUACAAUGAUA